GUGCGCAGCGCUCAGUCAGCAGUUGGCUCAGUGGUGGCAGCAGGGGAUCCAGGGUUUCCACUUGUCAGUUUCUCCCCGAUACCAAAACCAAGUGCAUCCCCCUCAGCCAAAAUGUCAAAGUCGGAUCAAGUCCUCAUCCUCGACCCUCCCUCCGACCUCAGAUUUAAAGGUCCUUUCACAGAUGUAGUCACCACCAACCUCAAACUGAAAAACCCCUCUGACAAAAGAGUGUGUUUCAAAGUGAAGACAACCGCACCACGCAGGUACUGUGUACGGCCAAACAGCGGUCUCAUCGACGCAGGUGCAACUGUCGUUAUCUCUGUCAUGCUACAGCCCUUUGACUAUGACCCCAAUGAGAAAAGUAAACACAAAUUCAUGGUGCAGACGAUUUUUGCCCCGUCAAAUGGUACUGACAUGGAUGCAUUGUGGAAAGAUGCAAAACCCGAUGAUCUCAUGGAUUCCAAGCUGAGAUGUGUCUUCGAGCUGCCUUCUGAAAACGAUAAAGUGGUAAGAGGUGCUGCUGCACAUUAAAAACUUAUUUCCACAUCAUUUAAAUCAUAACCCCAAGUGC